UAUUUGUGGAGGUGAUGCUUACUCCAGCAUAAUGGCAGAACCAAUGGACAUAUCAUCAGAUGAUAAAAGCUGUCCUAUCUGCGACGAACUUUUAAAGAAUGGAUCGCCCACAGUUGUGAUACGUGAAAAGGGAGCAAUUAACAUCAACAGAGCCAGUGCACAGAGAAAUUCGAAUAUAACCGUGAAAUCUGGUGAUUCAGUUCACAGAGACUGUAGAAGGGAUUUUAUAGACUUGAGAAAUGUAAAGACAGAUAAUAGUGGAUAUGCAUGUGACUCUUUGACAACAAGAUCCAGUUGUACAACUUUCGAUUUUAAAUCUAAUUGUUUCUUCUGCACUCACAAAUGUAAUAAAAUAUGUAGUGAAGUCCACAGAGUCGAACAAUUUAAUUUUACUGCAACUAUAAAAGAGUUAUGUAAUAUAAGAAAUGACUCGUGGGGUAAUGAGGUUCAUGCUAGGUUGGUAUCAGUCCUUGAUUUGCAGGCUGCUGAAGCAAUUUACCAUCAAGUGUGCAAUGUAAACUUUCGUACUUUUAAGCAGGUGCCUGACAGGUUUGCAAAAGAUGAAAAAAGCAAGAAAUCACCAGGAAGACCACAGUGUACAGAAUUGCUGGAAGGAUUUAAAGAUGUCAUUAACUGUAUCGAAAGCAAUGAAGGGGCAGCACUAUCAGUCAAAGAAUUAGUUCAAGUCAUGGAACAGACCUGUGGAGAGAGAGCCUACUCAAGUAAAUAUAUGAAAAAGAAAAUUAUUGAACAUUUUGGUGAUACAAUUACAUUUGUUUCUACGCAAGGCCAAAAAGAUAAAAUCAUUAUGAAACAUACCGCAUCUGAUAUCUUAAGCAAAUUCACAAAAGAAAACUUUGGACUCUCAGAGGCAGAACAAAAACGUAAAAUUAUUUCAACAGCUGCAAAACUUAUUAAGUCCGAUAUUGCUGCUGUAGAUGCAUCAAAAACAUUUUAUCCUUCUGUUGGUACUGCCCAGUCUGCAGAAAGGAACAGAAAGUUACUACCAGACACAUUAGAUUUUCUCCUGUCGUCAAUGUUUUCAGGAAAGGACACUGAGAUAAAGAUUGCAGCGAUUGGCCAGUCAAUUAUGCAAGCUUGUAGACCAAAGUCCUUAAUCGCACCAUUACAACUUGGUCUAGCAGUUCAGGUUCACCAUUUAUAUUCUUCAAGAUUUCUUGUAGAUGAACUUUACCAGAUGGGAUUUUCAUCUUCCUAUUCUGAGGUGCAACGUUUCCAAUCCAAUGCCGCUAUGUCAUUAAAUGCUGUAGUCGCAGGAUUUUUUCCAGGUCAGUUUCUUCAAUACGUUGCAGAUAAUGCAGACCACAAUGUAUAUACCUUAGAUGGCCAUGGAACAUUCCACGGUAUGGGUAUGGUUGCUUGCUCGUCACCAGGAUCAAAUGUUGAGUUACCAAUUCCGAGAGCAGAUAUGUCACUUACAGAUUUAUCUAGAAUAUCAAACAUUAAUAUCAAAUACUUCAAGGAUCCAGAUAAUGGUAUGUCCGACGAAUUUUAUUUUCGGGACAUAGGAUUUGGAACUGAAAUCUCAGAUACAUUG